AUGAGUAUUUCUCCUGACAGGGUCAAUUGUGCGAUCUGCGAAUGGGCUGGUGAUUAUAGUGCAAUUUCCCACAACGAUACGGACGCACCAGCUUCUGCUCUUUACUGGCACCAUUUCGCCUCAGAGUCCCAUAUCAACAAUUACGAGGUAUGGUGCGUGUACCGAGAAGAGCAGAACAUCCCGCAUGACUAUGUCGCGGACUGGCUUGAUCAAACCCGUUUAGCAGAUAUCCACGAUAGUGCACUUGUUCAUUCUAGCUAG